UUAAAGAACUAUGAUAAAAAUAAAAAUAGUCAGUCAAGAAAUUAUGAUCAAAGAAGUGAAAAUAAUCAGUUAAGAAGUUAUGAUAGAAAAAAUAGAGAUAGUCAAGCAGAAGUUAUAAUCAAAGUUAUGAUCAAAGUUAUAAUCAAAGUUAUAAUUAAAGUUAUAAUUAAAGUUAUGAUCAAAGAAAUAGUUAUAGUCGGUCAAGAAGUUAUAAUUAAAGUUAUAAUUAAAGAAAUAGUUAUAGUUAAUCAGGAAGUCAUGAUCAAAGAAGUAGAGAUGGCUAGUCAAGAAAUUAUGAUCAAAGAAAUAAUGAUUUA